AUGGCUGACAACGCUCCUGCCCUCCGUCUGGGCUCCAUUGCCCCCAACUUCAAAGCUCUUACUACCCAGGGCGAGAUUGACUUCCACAACUUCAUUGGUGAUAACUGGACCAUUCUGUUCUCACACCCGGCCGAUUUCACACCGGUGUGUACCACCGAGUUGGGUGCCUUCGCCCGCCUGCAGGAUGAGUUUGAUCAGCGCGGAGUGAAGAUGAUCGGAUUGAGUGCCAAUGACCUCAGUUCCCACGACGAGUGGAUCAAGGACAUCAAUGAAGUCGGCUCCACUCAGGUCAAGUUCCCAAUCAUCGCCGACGCCGACCGCAAAGUCGCUUUCCUUUACCAGAUGAUAGACCAACUUGAUUUGGAAAAUGUCGACAGCAAGGGCAUUGCCUUCACCAUCCGCUCCGUUUUCAUCAUCGACCCUGCCAAGAGGAUCCGCCUGAUCAUGGCCUACCCUGCCUCGACCGGCCGUAACACCGCCGAAAUUUUGCGUGUGGUCGACUCUUUGCAGACUGGUGAUAAGAAAGGUGUAACCACACCUGUUAACUGGCUGGCGGGCGACGACGUUAUUGUGCCACCAACUGUUAGCACCGAGGAUGCUAAGAAGAAGUUCGGCGAGAUUCGUGAAGUGAAGCCUUAUCUUCGCUUCACCACUCUUAAGGACUAA